GCGGGAUCGCUCAGUUGACCCUGCCUUUAAGGUUCGGGAAGACGGGCAAAAGCGAAGCCAGUGCGGCAUUCGGGGGAGAGAAAACCUUGGGCAGCUGCCAUCGGGGGACGAGGAGAAGGAAAAGAAGAAAGGAGAGGAAGAGUGGCCGGAACGGGCGAAGUAGAAGGAGGAGGGAGAAGAAAAAGAAGAAGACUCGGAACCGAGCGCACCGGGAGGGGUGGGGAAAAUCCAGCACCCAUGUCAGUUCCAGCAGGAUCGGGGCUUCCACUAUAGUAUGACCGCCUUGGGCACAGAACAGAAACUUACUUUCUCCCCACAAAGAGUCCUGUUUUCAACCUGUACCAGUUUGGCCCAGAGGAAGACUGUGUGCCUUGUAAAGUGAAGUGGAGCACUAAGAGGCGAGAUGGAUCUUGAUAUGGUUAACAUGUUCGUAAUAGCUGGAGGGACCCUAGCCAUCCCGAUUCUGGCAUUUAUUGCAUCGUUUCUCCUGUGGCCAUCGGCACUAAUAAGAAUCUAUUAUUGGUACUGGCGUAGGACACUGGGCAUGCAAGUUAGAUAUGUUAAUCAUGAGGACUAUCAGUUCUGUUAUUCUUAUCGGGGCAGGCCUGGAAACAAACCCUCCAUCUUAAUGCUGCAUGGCUUCUCGGCCCACAAAGAUAUGUGGCUCACUGUCGUCAAGUUCCUCCCCAAGAAUCUGCAUCUGGUCUGUGUGGACAUGCCUGGCCAUGAGGGUACCACCCGCUCAUCCCUAGAUGACUUCUCAAUAAGUGGACAAGUCAAGAGGAUACAUCAGUUUGUGGAAUGCCUUAAUCUGAACCAAAAGCCCUUUCACCUUGUUGGCACCUCCAUGGGUGGCCAUGUUGCGGGAGUGUAUGCUGCUUUCUACCCAUCUGACAUCUGCAGCCUGUCUCUUGUGUGUCCUGCAGGCCUGCAAUACACAACUGAUAACCAAUUUGUACAGCGACUAAAAGAACUACACAAGACAGCUGAUGUGGAGAAGAUUCCCUUAAUUCCAUCCACACCAGAGGAAAUGGCCGACAUGCUGAAACUUUGCUCAUAUGUUCGGUUCAGAGUGCCCCAGCAGAUUCUGCAGGGUCUUGUUGAUGUUCGCACCCCACAUAAUGAUUUCUAUCGAAAGUUGUUUUUGGAAAUAGUACAUGAAAAGUCAAGAUAUAUGCUCCACGAAAACAUGGGCAAGAUCGAAGUCCCAACUCAAGUCAUCUGGGGGAAGCAAGAUCAGGUCCUGGAUGUAUCUGGAGCGGACAUGUUAGCCAAUUCCAUCUCCAACUGUCAGGUGGAACUCCUGGAGAACUGUGGACACUCUGUGGUCAUGGAGCGUCCCAGGAAAACUGCCAAACUCAUUGUGGAGUUCUUAGCUUCUGUGCACAACACAGACAGCAGAAAGAAGCUAGAUUAAGCCCUUUGCAAUCUUGAGCAUAUCCACCACCACUACUUAAAUAGCAGAAAUCUGGCGCUUUGAUAAUUUCUCAGGGAUCCCAUGCAGAACAUGGUGAAAGUGCCAAAAGUCCCUGAGGAAAACAACCAUGCUUUAUCUGUUAACUAUAGUACUAAUGACAGCCAGUGUCCUAAGGGAGUCUUUGAUCUCUAUAGGGCAAAGAAUAGUUUGGGAGUGUCAAAAUAGAAAGUAUAGUUAUGGAAUGCGCCGAGAGCUCUUUGCAGCUCAUGGUACACGCUCUUGGGCAAAGCCAGUUUUCAAUGGACUGUAGUUAUUGAUGAUUUUCUGUGUGAAAAGCAUUCUUUACAGAUGGAGACUUCAGAUAUUUCUCUUAUUUAGAGCCUAAUGCAUGAUAAUUUAUUGUUAUAAGAAAAUGAUUAUAAAGUUCUAGACAUUUAAAUGAAAUCCCGUUUGUAUCUUGUGUAAGAUUUCUGCAGAGACAUGUACAUGAGCACAACACAUUAGCUGGAGUCAGAGAAAGGGAAACGAUCAUCCUGAGUGUUUAUAUUUACCGGAAGUGGAUUUUUAACCUCUGGAAUAGUUCAUCUGUUUGCCCUACCAGGAGCAAUGCUCUGGCAGUUUAUCUGUCCUCUCUUGAAGAGGUGAUCGGAUCCUUGUGGUAAAGCCUCUGAAUAGAGAACGGUUGCAGGAUCGUGGGGGAUUAGAACCAUUUCAUGAGUAACUUAGUUUUCGGAAAUCGGGACCUAAUAAAGCAAUCAUCUCUAAAUAAUGAGGUGCAUAAGCCACUUCAGGUAUCAUACAAGUAGUUCACCUGCCUCCUUGCCAUGUCAUUGUGCUGAUGACAAUCUUGGAUGUAAAUAAUCUGUUCACCAGUGAACCAUAGGAAUUCAGUGAACAAUGAUGUGAUUGACAUGUAUAAUGGCUGUAAAAUUUACUGGCGUGUCAUGAAUUAAAUUUAAUAAGCAUCA